CCAAGAAGAACAGCGAUGGAUGCACGACACCUUCCCUAUCGGUCAGAUGUGGGCAGCUGGACUCCAGAUGAUCUGGCAGACUACUUCAGGAGGUUGAACUACAAGGACUGUGAGAAAGUUGUGCGGAAACAUAGCAUCACUGGGCAAAGGUUUCUGAACAUGUCUGAAAAUGAUCUUCAGAGGUUUCCAAAGCUAAGAAUGCCAAUUCUAAGUAAAUUAAGUAUGGAUAUAAACCGAAAUGAAGAAAAAAGAAGUAUUUUUCCAAAACGUACAUAUACACAGAAGGUUCCUCAAAAUACAGACUUUGGACCAGAAGAAGCUGAUAGCUGGUCUUCUUUUGAAAGUGAUGACUAUGAAUGUCCAGAUGACCAGGAACCUGGAGUAGACUAUGAAUCACCAAAUGAUGAAGAUGGUGUAGGGGAUGAAAAUGAUGGCGACUAUGAACCUCCUCCUUCAAAUGAUGAGGAGACGCACCGUAAUGCUAUAUUUCCUUCCAAAUCAAUUCCAACACCCUCUGAAUACAUAGAUAGAAGUGCACCAGUUAAAACAUCUCUUCAGCCUCCUGUUCCUCCUCAGAGGUCUGUUCCCUCUCCAACACCAGCAGCUCAUGGAGGCAGAGGUGCUGCGCCAAUGUUCACUUCACCUUCAAGCAAUGAGAGUAACAGAGAGAAAAACAUCAAAAUAUUUAAACCUCCUAUAGAUCGAACCAAAAAGCCCCCACUGAAUAGAUCUGGGCCACCAUUUGACAGAGACCUACUAGGAGGAGCCAAAAGAGGAAUGCGUUCCGAAAUGUCUUUGACACCACAGCUCAGAUCUCUGGGAGAAGAGCUGGCAAAGAUACAAAAGCCUCCUGUGCCAUCAAAUGAAAAGCACGAAAAACAUAAUCCUGCCUCUAGAUGGAUGCCACCACCCAUACAGAACAGCCAGGCAUCUGAAAGAAAGGUAGAAGUGGAAGAUGUCAAUGUUCCUCAAAGACCAGUUCCUCAGCCACCUUCACAAUUCUUUAAUACAUUCCCUUCCAGAACCACUAAACAGAGCCCUUUGCCUCCUAAGAGUAUACCUGAUGCAUAUCCAGAAAGCACUGUUUCAUCAAGUGGAUCACUACCAUCACGCCUUCAGCCAAGCAGCAUCUGCAGAACCUUUUCCAAAGGCAAAACAGACAGCAGACCACCACUGCCAAUCCCAAACAGACAAACUACACGAGUACCCAACAUCGAAUAUGAAAAGGAGCAAGAAUUCCACAAGGCCUCUCUAAAUCAUAAAUGGUAUGCUGCUGAUAUCACCCGGACAGAAGCAGAAGUUGCACUUAGAACCAUAAACCAGGAUGGCACUUUCUUAGUAAGAAACAGCUCAAGAAAAACUCACGAACAACCCUAUGUCUUGAUGGUGUUGUACAAUGACAAAGUAUACAAUCUUCAGAUACGAUACCACUUGGAAGAUCAAGUAUACUUCUUAGGAACUGGCCUGAGGGGAAAUGAGGAUUUUACUUCAGUGGGCGAUAUCAUUGAUUACUACAGAAAAGCACCUCUUCGACUUAUAGAUGGAAAGGACCGAGGCUCAAGGCAGCAGUGUACAUUAACAUAUGCCGCUGGAACUCAUUAGAAGAAU